CGAGGUCCUUUGACGUCAAAGUUUCCGGCCCACCAUCUUUGUCCCUGGCAAAAUUGGGUUUUGCGCAGUGGCUUAGACCAAGAGAAAGAAUCGUGACGGGCAGGAAACCAUUACAACACCACCCGGGCUGUGCUCUCUGGCAGCCACCGCCACUCCCAGCCCUUGCCUCCGGGGUACAUUAAAGAUCCAGAAUCAUGACUGAUUCCAAGUACUUCACAACCAAUAAAAAGGGAGAAAUCUUUGAAUUAAAAGCUGAACUCAACAAUGAAAAGAAAGAAAAGAGGAAGGAGGCUGUGAAGAAAGUAAUUGCUGCUAUGACUGUAGGGAAAGACGUUAGCUCUCUCUUUCCAGAUGUAGUCAACUGUAUGCAGACCGAUAACCUAGAACUAAAGAAGCUCGUGUAUCUGUACUUGAUGAACUACGCCAAGAGUCAGCCAGACAUGGCCAUCAUGGCUGUCAACAGCUUUGUGAAGGACUGUGAAGAUCCCAAUCCCUUGAUUCGGGCCUUGGCAGUCAGAACCAUGGGGUGUAUCCGAGUGGACAAGAUUACAGAAUAUCUCUGUGAGCCCCUUCGCAAGUGCUUGAAAGAUGAAGAUCCCUAUGUUCGGAAAACAGCAGCCGUAUGCGUGGCAAAACUCCAUGAUAUCAAUGCCCAAAUGGUGGAAGAUCAAGGAUUUCUCGAUUCUCUACGGGAUCUCAUAGCAGAUUCAAAUCCAAUGGUGGUGGCUAAUGCUGUAGCAGCAUUGUCUGAAAUUAGUGAGUCUCACCCAAACAGCAACUUACUUGAUUUGAACCCACAGAACAUUAAUAAGCUGCUGACCGCUCUGAAUGAGUGCACCGAAUGGGGCCAGAUUUUCAUCCUGGACUGCUUGUCUAAUUAUAACCCUAAAGAUGACCGGGAAGCUCAGAGCAUCUGUGAGCGGGUAACUCCCCGGUUAUCCCAUGCCAACUCAGCAGUGGUGCUUUCAGCAGUAAAAGUCCUAAUGAAAUUUCUGGAAUUGUUACCCAAGGAUUCUGACUACUACAAUAUGCUGCUGAAGAAGUUAGCUCCUCCACUUGUUACUUUGCUAUCUGGGGAACCAGAAGUACAGUAUGUUGCCCUGAGGAACAUCAACUUAAUUGUCCAGAAAAGGCCUGAAAUCUUAAAGCAGGAAAUAAAAGUCUUCUUUGUGAAGUACAAUGAUCCCAUCUAUGUUAAACUGGAGAAGUUGGACAUCAUGAUUCGCCUGGCAUCCCAAGCCAACAUUGCUCAGGUUCUGGCAGAACUAAAGGAAUAUGCUACUGAGGUAGAUGUUGACUUUGUUCGCAAAGCUGUGAGGGCCAUUGGACGAUGUGCCAUCAAGGUGGAGCAAUCUGCAGAGCGCUGUGUAAGCACAUUGCUUGACCUAAUCCAGACCAAAGUAAAUUAUGUGGUCCAAGAGGCAAUUGUUGUCAUCAGGGAUAUCUUCCGCAAGUACCCCAACAAGUAUGAAAGUAUUAUUGCCACUCUCUGUGAGAAUUUAGAUUCACUGGAUGAGCCAGAUGCACGAGCAGCCAUGAUUUGGAUCGUGGGAGAAUAUGCUGAAAGAAUCGACAAUGCAGAUGAGUUACUAGAGAGCUUCUUGGAGGGCUUUCAUGACGAAAGUACCCAAGUUCAGCUCACUCUGCUUACUGCCAUAGUGAAGCUGUUUCUCAAGAAACCAUCAGAAACACAGGAGUUGGUCCAGCAGGUCUUGAGUUUGGCAACACAGGAUUCUGACAAUCCUGAUCUUCGAGACCGAGGCUAUAUUUAUUGGCGCCUUCUCUCAACUGACCCAGUGACAGCCAAAGAAGUAGUCUUAUCUGAGAAGCCACUAAUCUCUGAGGAGACAGACCUUAUCGAGCCAACUCUGCUGGAUGAGCUGAUCUGCCACAUUGGUUCUUUGGCCUCUGUAUAUCAUAAGCCUCCCAAUGCUUUUGUGGAAGGGAGUCAUGGGAUCCAUCGCAAACAUUUGCCAAUUCAUCAUGGGAGCACUGAUGCGGGUGACAGUCCUGUUGGUACCACCACAGCAACCAACCUGGAACAGCCUCAGGUUAUCCCCUCUCAAGGUGACCUUCUUGGGGAUCUUUUAAAUCUUGACCUUGGUCCCCCAGUCAACGUGCCACAGGUGUCGUCCAUGCAGAUGGGAGCUGUGGAUCUCUUGGGAGGAGGAUUAGAUAGUCUGCUUGGCAGUGACCUUGGCGGGGGCAUUGGAGGAAGUCCGGCAGUUGGACAGUCCUUCAUCCCAUCAUCAGUGCCUGCAACCUUUGCUCCCUCACCAACUCCUGCUGUAGUCAGCAGUGGUCUGAAUGACCUGUUUGAGCUGUCCACAGGGAUAGGCAUGGCACCUGGUGGAUAUGUGGCUCCUAAAGCUGUCUGGCUACCUGCAGUAAAGGCUAAAGGCUUGGAGAUUGCAGGAACAUUUACUCACCGCCAAGGGCACAUCUAUAUGGAAAUGAACUUCACCAACAAAGCUCUGCAACAUAUGACAGACUUUGCAAUCCAAUUUAACAAGAAUAGCUUUGGCGUCAUCCCAAGCACUCCUCUGGCCAUCCAUACACCACUGAUGCCAAACCAAAGCAUUGAUGUCUCCCUGCCUCUCAACACCUUAGGCCCAGUCAUGAAGAUGGAACCUCUGAAUAACUUGCAGGUGGCUGUUAAAAACAAUAUUGAUGUCUUCUACUUCAGCUGCCUCAUCCCACUCAAUGUGCUUUUUGUAGAAGAUGGCAAAAUGGAGCGCCAAGUCUUCCUGGCAACAUGGAAGGAUAUUCCCAAUGAAAAUGAACUCCAGUUUCAGAUUAAGGAAUGCCAUUUAAAUGCUGACACUGUUUCCAGCAAGUUGCAAAACAACAAUGUUUAUACUAUUGCCAAGAGGAAUGUGGAAGGGCAGGACAUGCUGUACCAAUCCCUGAAACUCACUAAUGGCAUUUGGAUUUUGGCCGAGCUACGCAUCCAGCCAGGAAACCCCAAUUAUACGCUGUCGCUGAAAUGUAGAGCUCCUGAAGUCUCUCAAUACAUUUACCAGGUCUACGACAGCAUUUUGAAAAACUAAUAAACUGGUCCAGUGCCCUCCAGCCACCCUGUGAUUGGUGCAAGCCAAGAACUCUUAACUGGAAGAAAUUGUACUGCUGUGUAGAAUCUGAACCCAAACACACUGAGGCCACCCAGCACGUAGUGACUAGUCUAACCUGUGCUAACUGUAGAGACAACCUGUUGGAGAGUUUUAGCUUCCUGUGAACAUGUGUAACCACUGCUUCAGUCACUUCCCACCUCCUGCCACUUGCUACUGUCUGUCCUUACUUGUGGGCUUCUCCAUGCUGUGCCAACAGCUGGCUUUUCCUACACUCUCAUUUGAGUGUAGUUUGGUAUUUUGCAAUCGAGAGCUCACUUCAAAAGCAGAAAAAGACAACAAAUAUUAAAGCAAGGAAUAGUGUCACUGAAACAUGAACUGCACUUUAUUAUUUUAUAUUCUUUGUACAUAUGAGAAAUCGAGGUAGUAUAACUAGUAGAAAGUGUUAAAACAACCGACCAUCAGUCACCACCAUCCUAGAGGAAGAGAUUCAGUUACCAUCCCACUCUAUUAGGGAUUCUCUCACCUGUGGCAACCUUGUCCGUAGUUAUUUAGGUUUUUUUGCUCUUUUUCUCUCCAUACUCUUUUCUUCGCCAGGUCUUCACACCUGCCCCAGCCCCUUAUUCUCAUCUCAUUUGAUUGCUCUGCAGUUUGGAAUUAUCUCCACUGAGGGUUUUUUCAAGUGCAGGAAAUACUGGGUCUGUCGGCACCAAAGCUAAGAGAAGUUAGAAGUUAUUCCCCUCCACUGAGCCGAUCCAUUAAUAAUGCUGAUUAGGACAUUUGAGGAGAGAUGGAGAAAUGGAACCACAAAGCCCUCCCCCAAGCUGCUUCCCUUAAUGUCUUAGAUCCAACUCUUAAAAAUUAGAGUUUGAAACAGAUUUUAAUGACUUAUCCAACCUUGUUUUUCAACAAAGGAGAAAAAUAAAAGGUGAAAAGAGCAUUAUUAUUGAGGCCUGUCAGCUGUUCAGUAGCAGAGCUGCAGCUGAGACUCCUAAAUUUCUACUGGUGGUGUUUGGACUACAAGACCCCCUCAAUGCUGUUUCUUUCCUUAAUGCCAUCUUCUGCCUUUUCGGUGCCUGCUCUGUGUCUUUUCAAAGUCCAUACUGAUUUUGGCAUCUGGCAGCAGCGCAGUAUCUUUUCAGUUACUUCAAGGUAUGGCCAGAUGACAGAACAAAGACAUAAGUUACGUUUCCCAUGUGCUCCUGAAGCCAGGGUUCUUCAGGCCAGCAGGGUGGGUGCAAAGAUGAAACGAGCUUAGAGGUGUUGCACUUUCUCUUUACCUCUUCAGCUCACUAAUCUGCUCUUUGCUGAUGUUCAGGCCCCAGAGCAGAUUAUGAUCAUCCCAGAAGCUCAAGCAAUUCUCAUCAUCUCUCUGAAGACUGGGAGGUGAAAUCUGCUCCCUUAACAUAUGGAGUUGAGCAUGCUUCAGGCUGAAACUACCACCCUGUUUAACAAUGUUCACACUGUGUGGUCUGUGGGCACUUGUUGCGUAGUCUGACAUCUGAUACUGAGGCUUCAUAACCAACACAGUGCUUCUCAGAUUCCUCUUGUUGAGUUAGAGGCACUCUGGGGUCCAGAGGCCUCGUGGUCAACUCAGACCUAACCCAGGCUGAGAGGAGGAAUUGUAGAAAAUAAGAGUAGAAGCCAAGCCCCAGUUCCUCAAGUUUGAAAUGAUCCUUGUUUAUACCAGUUGCAACAGUUGUGGGUGGUGGGUUCUCUAAAGCAGUUUCUUAAACCUUGAAAAAUCUUUGAGGGAAUUACUGGGUAAAAGAAAGGAAGUGUAUUCCUCACCACCCCUCAGGCACGUGGGGAAUAGGAAAUAGCACCGGAUUGUGUGUGGGAGGUGGGUAGGCUGGUGAUACAGGGGGUGGGGUGAAGCAAGUUGAAGCUCCCUUGCUGGGACUCAUUCAAGGAGUCAGUUGGAUACAAGUAGUGAAGAAGAUUCACACUACAAA